AUGUCAUCAGGCGUGUCAGAUCAGAUGAAAGUACCCGGAAAUACAGCAAAAAAUGAGGAUCGAAAUAUACCAUGGAGCCAACAUGAGGAAGAAGCAUCUGCAUAUGAUAAUCUAGCUUCCCCUACUAACGAAGAUAAUUCUUCAGUCUCCAAUCAGAGUUCUUCAAUGCAGUUUCAAUAUCCACCAUUCAAUGCAAAAGAGGUUCAAUCUUCUCUGAAUAACUAUAAAUCGCGUAAAUCUUCAGCUUCAUCUUCGAAUUACGAUUCCAAUAAGAGAUAUAACAAGUCAUCGUAUAAUAAAAGAGACGAUUAUCAACAAUCUGCUUGGGGUCCAAACACACGAAGGGGAGUAACAAGUGAUAUUUCAUCCGUAAACUAUCACAAGAAUAAACAGGACAAUUACGGAAACGAAAAGUUGGAUAAUAAAAAUAACGUGGUCUUUUCUUCCGAAGAGAAGAAAAGCUCUAGCUCAACAUCGGCUCCCAAAAAGACAACAUGGGCAUCGAUUGCCUCACAACCAGCAAAAUUGACGUCGAGGACUACUCUUACAACUUCCAGUCACAAAAAGAAAGGCCCUGGUAUGCCUCCACCCCCCAUGGUACCAGGCAAACAUAAUUUGGACGUGAAUAUUUGGGAUAUUCCCAACAACAAUCCACCACCAGUGCCGUCACCACCGCCACCAAUUGACUUGGGUGCGAGUGACCUCAAUUCAGACUUUUCUCCCGGACUGGGUUCGGAUUUUGAACUAUCUUCACGAUCAGAGAAUAGUGGUUCGAAUAGAAUUCCAGAUAAUACAAAAGAUGAUAACAAAGGGAAUUAUGGAAAUUUUGCUCGUGUAAGGAGUUCACCUAAUGGACACUCCCGAAAAAAUUGGUCUACUCAACACCCAUUGCAUCAUCAACUAAACACUCGACAGCCAGGAAAUAUGCGUCAUUCUGAUGGAAAAUUAGGAGGUGGUGGUGGUGGUCAUGGUAGAGGAAACAAUGACAACACCGGCAUAAGUUCUGGUUAUGGUCGCUAUGGAGAUCGAAGGUCUCAUUACGGGCCGUCGCGCCAUGAUAACGAAAGUGUGCCCACAGAUUUGCAUGGGGGAAGUUCCCCAAAAAAUAUUGACACAAACGACAGACCUGUUGAAUCUCCACAGGCAGUUUUGGAGGAAUUACGUGACAAAAAUAAUUAUAACCCAGCUGAGAUUGAUUUAGAAAGUGCUGCUACUGCCAGAUUUUUUGUCAUUAAAUCGUACUCGGAGGAUGAUAUUCAUCGUAGCAUAAAGUAUGAAAUAUGGUGUUCAACAGACCACGGAAAUAAACGGCUAGAUGAUGCCUUUAAGGAGCGCCACAAGGAAAACGGAAAUGUACUACUCUUUUUCUCGGUAAAUGGCUCCGGUCACUUUUGUGGGAUGGCUCAAAUGAUGACUCCUGUUGAUUACAAUUCAACGUCAAGUGUAUGGUCGCAGGACAAGUGGAAGGGUAAAUUUAAAGUCAAGUGGAUAUAUGUUAAGGACGUUCCGAACAAUGCCUUGCGCCACAUAACAUUAGAAAAUAAUGAAAACAAGCCCGUAACCAAUUCCCGUGACACCCAAGAAGUGCCCCACGCCAAGGGAAUAGAAGUUUUACAAAUUCUCCAUUCCUAUGAACACGUAACGUCUAUAUUCGACGAUUUCUACCAUUAUGAGAAGAAGCAAGAAGAAGAGGUGUCGUCAAAGAAACCUCUAGGUGGAUAUGAUGGUCCCCAAUCUAGACCUCAUUACAACUCGCGCCAAAACGAUGAUCGCGACAGAGAACGUGAGGGACGUAGUGGAGGAAGUGGUUUACCACCAAAGUAUUAUGGUGGUGGCUCUUCCUUCCGUGAUCGAAAUAACACUUAUCGUGGUGGAAGUUAUAAUUCAUAUAACGAUCAUCGCCGUUUCGACAGUCAUCGAGCAGUAGAUCGUAGUGAUUUUAAAGAUGUUGAUGCUGACAGAGAGAACAAUGAAUACAAUAAUUCCAGUAGAAAUAUUUCAAAGUAUGAAUACAACAGACGGGAUGAUCGAAUGUCGUCUAAACACAAUAACAGAGAGAGGGAAUUUCUAGAUGAACAACAUACAAAGCCCGAAUCUUCUCGAAUUCGUUCUGUACCAAGGGAAACACAAAAAGACAACGAAUAUUCCAACACAGAUCGCGUUCGAGGUAACGACUAUUGA